UUGGGAACCCUGCUUCAAGUCUGAAAUAGAAAAAUAACAAACACCAAGAAUUGUGCACGCAACGCAAAACAUGUGGAAGAAAUGAUGAAAUAUCCAUGAAGCAACUAUGUUGGAAUACGAGAAUCAAAUGCUCCUAGACAUUGUGUCCACGGACGGCUUAGUGCUCGCAGCCAAAGGCUUAGGUCUGGAGCGGGUCUUUCAAGCCUUGCUCAAGAUUUACAGCGAUCCCGGCAAUUUGGUCCUGGUUCUGGGCACCACCGACCAAGAGGAGCAAUACUUCAUCCAGGCCCUGAAUACGGAUGAGCAAGUCAAGAAGAAGGCUCGAAAGAUCACCACCGACAUUUCCAUACCAGAGCGUCAACGGGUCUAUCUGGAAGGGGGUGUGCUCUUUAUCACUACGCGGAUCUUGGUGGUGGACCUCCUUAUGGAACGCGUUCCCAUCCAUCUCAUUACCGGUAUAUUGCUCUAUCGAGCCCAUCAAACCGCCAUGUCCUGCCAAGAGACCUUCAUCCUCCGGCUGUUCCGUCAAAAGAACAAGACCGGCUUCAUCAAGGCCUUUUCUACGGCUCCGGGCUCGUUUCGAAGCGGCUUUUCGUCCGUGGAACGUGCCAUGCGUAAUCUCUUCUUGGCACAUCUCUAUCUGUGGCCUCGGUUUCGAUCAGAGGUGACGGAAAGUCUAGCCGUUGCUCAGCCGGAUGUGGUCGAGCUGCACAUGGAGCUCACUCCGGCCAUGAUGACGAUUCAAACGGCAGUGUUAGAUUUGGUCAAUUUCACCUUGCAGGAGUUGCGCCGUCUCAAUCCUACUUUAGAGGGUUAUGACGAGAUGACCGUGGAGAAUGCCAUCUCGAAGGCUUUUCAUAAGAUACUUCAAAAGGAGCUCGAUCCAGUUUGGCAUCAACUGAGUUGGAAAACCAAACAACUGGUGGCUGAUAUCAAGACCUUAAGAUUGCUUCUCACGUACCUGACACAAUAUGAUUGCAUCACGUUCUACGCGUUUGUCUCAUCAUUGAGGACCACGGAGAAUGCCAUGAGAUCCGGAGGCUGGAUGAUAUUGGAUGCCGCCGAAACUUUAUUCAUGACCGCCAAAGAACGAUUAUUUGGAAAGUGCAAAGAUGCCCAAGAUUUUGAAAAGAAACGGAAGAAGCUCACAUCCAAGUCUUCGAUCAACGAUGACCUCUCCUUCGAAACUAAUCCCAAAUGGGAGGCGCUGAUCGAGGUUAUGAACGAAAUUAAAACUGACGUGGCCAAGAACGAGAGUAAAGAUCGAGUUUUCUCAGACAAGGUGCUCAUCUUAACGUCGGACGAUCGAACCUCUACCCAGGUUCAAGAUGUCUUAAGCGAUGGACCCAAGGCCCUCCUCGUUCGACUGUAUAACAAAAGUUUGGGAGAAAAGUAUGGAUUCAUUCCGGGUGGGUUGACUCCGACAGAACGAUGUGAUCUCACAGACAGUAAAAAGGAGCCUAAACACAAGGGACUCGGUAAAAAGAGCAAGAUUGGAAAUGGCCAAACCCUUACUCAAAUGGCUCGAACAGAGGAGGCGAUCGAAGCAAAACUCUUGCAAGUGACUGACAGUCCUUUAGUCCUCGUUCAAUCUAUACAAGUCGGCAUAUUCGAGCUCUACAAGAUGGUGUAUGAGCUCAAACCUCGCUUUGUGAUCAUGUACGAUAUCGAAAUGUCUGUGGUAAGACUAUUGGAAGUGUUUCAAGCCAAACAUCCGGACUACCAAAUCCGAGUAUUUUUCAUGAUGUUUGAUAAGAGUGUGGAGGAACAGGCCUAUUUGACAACUCUGAGAAAAGAAAAAGAGGCCUUUGAGGGGCUUAUCAAGGAGAAGUCUUCUAUGGUCAUACCCAAUGAUCGCGAAGGGAGAUCUGGAGAAAAUCCAGAUCUUCUCCGCGACGCCUCGAAAGCCAGUGACAUCAUCAUGGAGAAAUCCAAUGCGUCAACGAGAAAAGGAGGGGGCGAGCUUGUUAUGGGGUCGUCCAAGAUUAUCGUGGAUAUGCGAGAGUUCCGAAGCGAAUUGCCCUCUUUGAUUCACCGACGCGGUAUUGACAUAGAGCCAGUCACGAUUGAAGUAGGAGAUUACAUUCUCACCCCAGAAAUAUGUGUGGAAAGAAAAAGCAUUAGUGAUCUGAUUGGGUCCCUGCAAAACGGAAGACUUUUUAACCAAGCGACUUCAAUGACCAGGUUUUACCCCAAACCAAUGCUCUUGAUUGAGUUUGAUCAGAAUAAACCAUUUGCACUCCAGGGCAAAUAUUACAUGUCCAGAGACAUUGGAUCCUCGGAUAUCACGGCUCGGCUUCAGUUGUUAACCAUUCACUUUCCCAAGCUACGCAUUCUUUGGUCUCCAAGCCCUCACGCUACUGCCGAAUUAUUCGAGGACUUGAAGAAAGGCCGUGAGCAACCGUGCGCCGAGAAGGCUGCUGCUAUCUCGAUGGACUUUAUUGAUGACUACAGUGUGGACAGAUUUAAUCCUGCUAUUCAUGACUUUGUGAGCAAAUUGCCCGGAAUCACAUCUACCAAUGUGUUCGCAGUACUGAAUCGCGCUGAAAACCUGGCUGAUCUCAUAAAUUAUAGCCAAGAGGAGUUAUCGGAUAUUUUGGGAAGCAAACAAAAUGCUGAAAUUCUUUAUAGCGCUUUGCAUGAGAAGAGUGAACCUGUGGAAGGUGGAAACGCUAAUGGGCCAAAUAUGAAACGUAAAAUGGCACAACGAGAGCAAGGUGGAAAAUCGAGGGGUCGCUUCAAAACCAAAAGAAAGAAUUGACAUCAAUUUCCUUUCAUAUCCACAUGUUGUUGUCAUGAGAUUAUAUAUAACAUAGAUUCUAACUUUAAUGAUGUAUUAACUCUUAUAUAAAAAACACCAGCUUUUUUUGCAGA